AUGGCGCAAGCUGGCAGUGGAGACAAGGAGCCAUGGAACGAGGAGACCAAGAAGAAGUUCGAAGGAAAGAGCAGAAGCGAAUACCUUGACCCGUGCCAGGAGGCCGCCCAGCGGAGUAUCCGGUGUCUGCACCGCAACCAAGGAGACCGGACCAUGUGCUCGGAUUACUUUGAGGCGUAUAGGGACUGCAAGAGGCAAUGGAUUGAAAGGAGACGGGAACAGAAGAGGAAGGAGGGUGCGUUCUUCUGA